AAAAAAAAAAAAAAAAAAGAAGAGAAAAAAAGAAAAUCACUUGUACUGAUCGGCCCGGCCCUGCCAAGCCCGGGUCAUCCGGUCUCCGCAUUGAGUAAUCGUGUUCUACCAGUAGCAACUUGGGAUUCCAUCCUGACUAUCCCGUCCGCUGCCGUCCAGGGUGUAGCUUCUGUGGAAAAAGCCCCGUCCAGGUCGUAUCCAUAAGCAGAAUCAGUGGCUCGCGAUCGAGCUGAUCUAGAGUAAAACUAGAAGGCGAACUGGUGAAUAAUAACGACGUUAGUCAGCGGGCCACAGCCAAAGAGGCGCCCUCCGCGAAAUUCCUGACAGGAUCCAGAUAUCUCCGAUCAUGCUUAUAAAUGGGACACCGGGCCCCCUCCUCUAGUCGCUGCUUGUAUCUAAUGGGUUCAGCUCCCAAUCUCACACGCAAGCACCGUUGGCUUCUUCGCCCCCAGCUCUCGCCCGCAUGGCAUCCCAGACACUCCCGGCCACACGCCAACUUGGGCGGAGCUCCGAGAGUAAUAGUUCGCUAGACGAUGUUGCGAAUGAAAAGCAGAAGUUCGCGACAGACUUACCUCGUGCGCGACAUGGCAAGGCGGACCUAAAGCACUCGGCGGCCUCCAAGCGGUGGAAAACAUUCUGGUCCGCCUUCAGAUAUCUACAGGGGCUGACGCCGAAGCAAGUGGAUGACUUCAUGGCAUCCUACGUCAUCUACAAUCUAGAUUGGUCAAACGAAAAACAGAUGAUCGAGGUUCUGGGGAAUGAUUAUCAGGAAAAGGUCGGGGACUGCCUCAAGGCGUACUAUGGGGUCCUCAAUCAUCUCUGCGCCCUGGGCGAUGUCGAAAAGAUGUAUAUCCCACCUUGGAUGAGCCGGAAAGCGACAGUGCUCGAGAACCAAUUGCUGUAUGAGGAGUCCAUAGCUCAAGAUAUCGGCUUGAAACCCGGCGACAGGGUAUUGGAUCUAGGUUGCGGUCGUGGCCGUGUGGCAGCGCACAUGGCACGCUAUUCGGGAGCCCACGUUACUGGAUUGAAUAUCGACCCUAAUCAGAUCGCCCAGGCACAGAGUUUCAACGAGGAGCGCGGCAUUCCUAAUAACUUCGUCGUCCAAGAUUUCAACAACCUGCCGCUCCCCUUCCAGGACGAGAGUUUCGACGCCUUCUACCAGAUCCAAGCCCUUAGUUUAUGCAAGGACAUUCCCGCCCUCUUCCGCGAGGUCUUCCGCGUGGUCAAGCCCGGCGCAAAGAUCUCCUUGCUUGAUUGGGUCAGCUUGCCAGCGUAUGAUCCCCAGAAUCCCGAACAUGCCGAGCUCAUGCGCCGUGUGAAGCCGCUAAUCGGCGCGGUGGGGACCCCUACUCCCGAGAGCUUGGAGAAAGCCCUAAGAGACGCUGGCUUCGAGGUGCUCAAGUCUGAUAACGCCAGUAUUGAUGGCCUGCAAGCACCGCUGAUCGAUACUGUUGACGGCUACUUCCGAGCAAUGCGUCAGCUCAUUCUCGGUCUUGUAAAACUGCAUCUCAUUCCACACCAUUUCAAGACGUUGAUUAACCGUUUCUGCUUGGAUGGGCUGGCGUUCAUCAAGAUGGAUAACAUGCGACUGGCUACCACGAGUUAUCGUAUCAUAGCGCAGAAACCAGCCAAGGACUAAGCUGAGGGGUUGCGGAUCGGGUGUCGUGGAAGAGGAUGGGCGCGAUUGAUGGUUAUUGGAUGGCUUACAGCAGGAGUUCUUUUCUUUACUUCGAUUCGACAAUACCCUUGACGGCACAGCGCGGACGGUAUUUCACCCUUUCACGAAAGGACAUAUUGUAUUAUAAUAAUCCAUGGGCUUAAGUACAUAGUUUGGGCUUCGGCCUUUGAAUCAAUCAUAUCAUAAAACACUGUCGUCUUCGACAGUAACUUCAUAUCCGCAAUGUUCCUUCAUGUGUUAAACUUUGUAAUAUACAUUGUUGUACC